UUCGUUGCUUUCAACUGCGUAUAAUAUCUCUCUAUCAUCUCUUUAUCAUUGUCUGUUUUCAAAUUAAGGAACAAAAUUCAUUGAGGAUUCGGCCUGGCUUGACUUCAAAGAACAUGCAGCAGUCUCCAUGUAGCGACAAGGUGGGGUUGAAGAAAGGGCCAUGGACUCCAGAAGAAGACCAAAAACUCUUGUCUUAUAUUCAAGAACACGGCGGUGGAAGCUGGCGCGGCUUGCCCGCAAAAGCUGGACUUCAAAGAUGUGGCAAGAGUUGUAGACUUAGGUGGAUUAACUACUUAAGACCAGAUAUCAAAAGAGGAAAGUUCAGUUCGCAGGAAGAACGAACCAUCAUUCAACUCCAUGCCCUUCUUGGAAACAGGUGGUCGGCUAUUGCGGCUCAUUUGCCAAAAAGAACAGACAAUGAGAUCAAGAACUACUGGAAUACACAGUUGAAGAAAAGAUUGACCAAGAUAGGGAUCGACCCUGCAACUCACAGGCCUAAAACCGAUACCCUCGGUUCAACUCCCAAGGAUGCCGCUAACCUUAGCCACAUGGCUCAAUGGGAGAGUGCUCGGUUAGAAGCUGAAGCUAGAUUGGUGAGAGAGUCGAAACGAGUUUCAAACCCUCCGCAAAACCAAUUUAGGUUCACGUCUUCAUCGGCUCCUCCACUGGUAAGCAAAAUUGAUGUUGGUUUGGCUCAUGCUACUAAACCGCAAUGCCUCGAUGUACUCAAAGCUUGGCAACGUGUAGUCACUGGAUUGUUCACUUUCAACACUGACAACCUCCAAUCUCCAACAUCGACGUCGAGCUUCACGGAAAACAGGUUACCAAUCUCAUCUGUCGGAUUCAUUGACAGCUUUUUGGGGAACUCAAAUAACAGCUGUUGCGGAAAUAAUUGGGAAUGUGUGGAGAAAUCGAGCCAAGUUGCCGAGUUACAGGAAAGAUUGGAUAACUCAAUGGGGUUGCAUGACAUAUUGGAUUUCUCCUCAGACGAUGUAUGGUUUCAAGGCUCAUACAGGGCGGAAAAUAUGAUGGAAGGGUAUUCGGACACGUUAAUGGUUUGUGAUUCUGGGGAUCAUCAGAAGAGUUUGUCAAUGGAGCCUAGACAAAACUUUAAUGUUGGAACAAGUAAUGCUAGUAGUUUCGAAGAAAACAAGAAUUACUGGAACAACAUCCUUAAUUUUGCGAAUGCUUCCCCAUCUGGUUCUUCUGUCUUUUGAGAUUAAUUGUUAAGAUUCGAUAUAAAUAAAAAAAAUAUAUAA